UGGGACAGUAACUGGAGAACAGCUUAGAGCAAUACGCUGUCUACAAAAUCUAAAACGACAUCAUGAUCAGUGUGAGAAACGUUAUGAUGACGCUAAGAUGAAAAUAUUAGAGAGAGAAAGGCAGAGAACUUUGACUCUAUCCACCAGAAUGAAUGUUGGACAUGCUGAAGUUGAUGAUGGUGAAUUUCAUGAUGGAAACUACUCACGCUUUAAUGACCAGAUUUCUGAUCCCGAGUUUUCAGAUAACACAGAUUAUGAAGAUGUUGACUAUGUUCCAGACUCAAGUGACAACUCUUCAGACACAAGUGUUCAAAGUAAGGAACUGAGAGUGACAGACAAUUCUCCCAAAAAACUGUCUGACAUUUCAUUGGGGAUGGCUACAGCACACAGUGUGGAAAUCACUGGUUCUCAUAGUUCUUCAGUGAUAAGUUGCAGUGCCGAUUCAACAGAGAGCAUGUCGCACAAUAACAGCUCCGUAAAAGUCACAGCAUUGCCAAAAACAGGAAGGAAGAGCAAGUACAACAAGAAGCAAUAUUGUCUGUAUUGUAAAAAACCCAUUUCUAAAUUGGCAAGACACCUCGAAAGCGCACACGGUAACCAGCCUGAUGUAACAAUGGCUUUCAGUUUCGCUAAAGGUUCCCACAACAGAAGAGAGCUGUUACGGUGUCUUAAAAAAGGGGAAACUUUGAACAUAAUGCUUCUGUGGCAGUCCAAGGUACUGGAGCAUUUGUUGCUUGUCGAAGACCCACUAUAGAAAAACAAUCUGAGGACUACCGUCAUUGCAAAUUUUGUCAAGGGCUAUAUGCAAGAGAAAGCCUUUGGAGACAUGUGAGAAGGUGCCCCCAGAAGCCUGUUGAAGGAGACUCUCUCACUGGACGAAAGCGGAUACAUCUUGACUUGCCAAAACCCAAUCAAGUUCAUGAAGCUGUUUGGAAGAUUGCUUGUGAAAUGAACCAGGAUGGCAUUUCCUUGGUUGUAAAAAGUGAAAGAGACAUUCUUUCCCUUGGUGAGUCACUGUACAACAGCAGGAAACCGCAUGAAAGAAGGAAUGAUUACAUUCGCCAGAAAAUGAGAGAGAUAGCAAGGCUGUUGAUAGAAGCUAGAGCUAAAACACCUCUGAAGAGGACAGAAGACCUUGUUAUGCCCAGCAACUUUCCUCACGUGAUACAAGCUGUCAGAGCUGUUGCUGGUUAUGACUUGAAAAGCAACUCAUAUAAAGUCCCAUCCUUGGCUCUAAAAUUGGGGCACAGUUUAGCCAAACUUGCAGGAAUUGAACAGUGCAGUGCUAUCAUUGCACAUCGCCAUGAUGUUGCCAAGUCAGCCGAGCAAUUUGCCACUCUGUAUCAGAAAAAAUGGGCAGAGUCAAUUUCAGCUGCUGCAUUGGGCACGCUUCAACAAGCCAAAUGGAAUAAACCCCAGCUUUUGCCAUUUACACAGGAUGUGUCGCUGCUGCACCAGUUUCUUGCUGCUGAGUGUGCUAAAUGCAUGAAGGAUGUGGAGGAAAAACCUAACAACACAAACUUUGGAAAUCUUGCUAAAGUAACUUUGACACAAGUAGUACUAUUUAACAGAAAACGGCAGGGGGAAGUUUCAAAAAUGGAGGUCCAGGCUUUUACAUCCCGGAAUUGCACAGAGCUGAACCCCGACAUUAUGAUGUGCCUCAAUGAGUUGGAGAGGAAGCUUGCAAAGUACUUUGAUAGAGUUGAGAUUCGUGGUAAAAGGUCAAGAAUGGUGCCUGUGCUUCUCACACCUGACAUGAUCAUAGCAAUGAACCUCCUCAUGGAAAACAGGAGUAAGUGUCAAGUCCCCACAGAGAAUGUAUACUUAUUUGCACGUCCAGGUGCACUUUCCCAUUACAGAGGCUCUGACUGCCUUCGCAAGUAUGCAAAGCAAUGUGGUGCAAAGAACCCAGAGGCACUCACGUCAACAAGAUUGCGGAAGCAAGUUGCCACUUUAUCCACAGUACUAAAUCUAAAAGAAAAUGAAAUGGAUCAGCUUGCUACCUUUCUUGGACACGAUGUCCGGAUCCACCGAGAGUUCUACCGGCUUCCAGAGAGUACCAUACAGCUGGCAAAAGUCAGUAAACUGUUGAUAGCAAUGGAAAAAGGGAAACUGUCUGACCUGCAGGGGAAAGGACUGGAUGACAUUGACAUACAUCCUGAUGAUAAGGUUGCCACGACUGACGACGAUUCUGAUGAAGAAACCAUUCCUGACCUGCAUCAGCAGAGAGGUUCAAGAACUGAGACUUCUGGGGACCCAAAGCACCUACCUGACUCAACCACAUUGAGCAACAUGGAGGCCACUUCAGAUUCAGUCAUGUUGGACCACUUGGAAGGCACGUCGACAAAAAGCAUCGUCAGCACUGAACCAACAGAUUCACAGCAGGACACAGCAAUUAUUGUGGGUACAUCUUUGAAAUGCUCCAAUGAAAAGCAAGCUGGGAAGGUGAGAAGCAAGUGGACAGAUGAUGAAGUGAAGGCUGUCGAACGGCAUAUGUUACAUUUCAUAACAAGGUGCAAGGUACCAGGUAAAAGGGACUGUGAUGCCUGCCUUCAGGCAGAACCAGUAGCUCUAAAAGACAGAGACUGGGCUGGAAUAAAAUACUACAUACACAACAGAAUCGUAGCAUUAAAAAGGAGGAUGAAUAAAUAGAACUAUAAACUCCUAAA